AUGCCUCCCGGUAGGACACUUGAAUAUCCCAAGACUGCGGUUAACAAGGUUAACCGAUAUAAUGUACGAGCCAAUUACGAUCUUGAGACGAUCCACAGCAUUAUCAACUCGAGCACAGUAUUGAAUGUGUCUUUCAACACGCCAGACCCAAACAACCCAUUCCCCAUAACGCUGCCCAUGGUCGGGCUGGCAGCCAGCUUUGACCAUCCGUCUGCAUCGCUGGGGGAGCCGCUUGACAUUUACGUCCAUGGCUACGUCAGCAGUCGAUUGAUGAACCACUCGCGUCCCAGCAAUAGUGCCAAUGGUGCCGACGCAACUGCCACGGCUGAAUAUAAAGGCUUGCCCGUCACGAUAUCAGCCACCAAGGUGGACGGCCUGGUUCUGACCCUGUCACCGUACACCCACGACAUCAACUACCGCUCCGUCGCGCUGUUUGGAUACGCCAACGUGGUGACCAAUGAAGAAGAGAAACUCUGGGCCAUGGAGGAGAUCACCAACAGCGUGGUCCGCGAUCGCUGGCGACACACUCGAGUCCCGCCCGACGGCGCGGAGAUGCAGAGCACGAGUAUCCUCAAGGUCUCGGUCGUGGGAGGAAGUGGCAAGAUCCGCGUCGGCGGGCCGCGGGACGAACUGAAAGAUUCGAACCGCGAAGACUUGAAGGACCAGACUUGGAUUGGCGUCAUCCCCGUCUAUGAGCAUUUCGGAGAGCCCGUGCCGGGCAAAGUGAACCGUGUGAAGGAUGUUCCUGCACAUGUGGCCGAUUUCGCAACGGGCUCCACAAACAUCAAUGAGAAGUACGUGGCUGAUGCCAUUGCAGAUACUUCGCAGGACGUUUGA